AUGAACCUGGAAGGAGUGGGCGAUGAAGUAAGGUGUCGCGCUUUCCCUGUAACCGUAACUGGGCCGGCAAUUCGUUGGUUAAACGCCCUCCCUCAGGGCUCCAUAAUCUCCUUUGCCGACAUCAGUCGUGCUUUCUUGGCUCAGUUCACUACACGUAUCGCUAAAACGAAGCACCCGAUCAAUCUGCUGGGAAUAACACAAAAAACUGGCGAGCUGACCCAGAAAUACUUGGAUAGAUUCAACGACGAGUGCUUAGAGAUCGACGGCUUAACCGAUUCGGUAGCCAGCCUGUGCUUGACCAACGGGUUAUUGAAUGAGGAUUUCAGGAAACACCUUACCACCAAGCCCGUUUGGACAAUGCAAGAAAUUCAUAACGUGGCCAGGGAAUAUAUCAAUGAUGAAGAAGUCAGCCAGGAAAGUUUACCAACUAUACCCCCCCUGACAGCUCCAAUCGUUGAAGUCUACCAGCAGAUUGCCGACAAGGACAUCUUGUCGCAGCCCCGACAGCUCAAGGAUAGGACGGGAGGAAAGAAAAACCUCUAUUGCAAUUACCACAAGGGUUAUGGCCACAAAAUCCAAGACUACUUUGACCUUAAAGACGCCCUAGAGCAAGCUAUUCGGGAGGGGAAGCUGGCUGAUUUCUCCCACCUUAUAAGGGAACCGAGGAGGCGGGACCACGACCGGUCCAGCGAGGACAAAAACCGCGCCGUGAGACAAAGACGAGAGCUCGAGGAGGAUAAUGAACGCGGCCUUACUGUUGUAAAUGUAGUGAUCGGGAGAGAUGUUCCCCCCAAAUCGAAAUCGGCUAGCAAGAAGGACGCCAAGGUCUUAGCUAUGUCUUCUGGCUCCACGCCGCCCUCCCGGAGGGUAUCGUCGAUAUCAUUCGGUCCCAAAGACCAAUGGUUUGAUGAUGCGACGGAGAACCCUCCGAUGGUGAUCACGGCCAGGGUAGGCACCGGCCUGGUAAAAUGGAUCCUGGUCGACACGGGAGCCGAUUCCAACAUCAUGUUCCGUAAUGUAUUUGAUGCUUUGGGCCUAUGGGAUGCCGACUUGAGGGGCCACCAACACGGCGUCGUCGGCCUGGGCGAUAACUUCAUCAAGCCUGACGGAGUAGUUUCCCUCCCGGUCUCUAUUGGUGGAGGUCGAGGGAAGAGGUCGCUAAUGGCGGAGUUCGUUGUCUUAAGAGACUCCACGACCUGCAACCUCAUCUUGGGGAGGAAGACCAUUAACGAGUUUGGAGCAGUGAUUUGCACCAAACUGCUGCUAAUGAAGUUUGUUGCUGAUGACGGAUCAGUGGGGACCGUCAGGGGAGAUUUGGAAAUGGCGGUCGCAUGUGACAACGCCAGCCUUUCUCUGAGGAAGAAAUCUAAGGAAGCAUCUGGUGUCUUCCUCGCCGACCUGGACGUAUGGUUGAUGACAAGCCCAGGCCGAAACCUGAAGGGGACCUCGAAAAGUUCAGGGUCGGUGAUUCGGAUGAAAAGUUCACCUUUGUAA